AGCAGACAGAACUUUCGUUGGAAGUUUGAGAGAGACCAACCAAAGUCAUCUACAGUCAGCCAGCCAGUCAGCCAGUCAGUCAGCCAGCCAGUCAGCCAGACCACAGCUCUUCUACUGGUACAGUACUACUCCUCUUCCUCCAUCAACCAUGACAGAGAGACGUGUCCCCUUCAGCCUGCUCCGCACCCCCAGCUGGGACCCCUUCCAUGACUGUUACCAGGGCAGCCGGCUCUUUGACCAGGCCUUCGGCAUGCCGGCCCUCCCUGAGGAGUUCCCCACCUUCCCCAGCACCCACUGGCCCGGCUACAUGCGCCCAUCUGCCCUUAGCCCUGACAUGUCCGCUGCUGGAUUCAUACCCUCCAUGAUGCCCCAGAGCCCUGUGAUGUUCCCCCUGCAUAGUGCCAUGAUGCAGGCUGCCAUGAUGCCCCAGGCCGCGGUGAUGCCCCAGGCCCCCAUGAUGACUCAGGCUGGGGCAGCAUCGUACGCCCAUGCCCUCUCUCGCCAGCUCAGCUCUGGCAUGUCUGAGAUCAAGCAGACCCAGGAGGCCUGGAAGGUCACUCUGGACGUCAACCACUUCUCCCCUGAGGAGCUGGUGAUCAAGACCAAGGAUGGCGUGGUGGAGAUCACUGGCAAGCAUGAGGAGAGGAAAGACGAACAUGGAUUCGUGUCCAGAUGCUUCACCAGGAAAUACACCCUGCCCUCUAUGGCCGACGCUGAGAAGGUGACGUCCACCCUGUCCUCUGAGGGAAUUCUGACCGUGGAGGCUCCUCUGAACAAGCAGGCCAUCAAGGCUGCAGAGAUCUCCAUUCCUGUCACCAUGGGCAGCAGCAAGACCAAACCUGACGACAUGACGAUGAGGAAGGGAAGAGACGAAGGGCACCACCCUGACGAACAUGACAAUGAGGAAGAAGAGGAGUGAAGAAACUCCACACACACACACACACACUGUAGUUUUUAUUGUAUUUAUUACUGUAGUUAUAGCUGUGGUUGUUACUGUAGUUUUUAUUGUAUUUAUUACUGUAGUUGUUACUGUAGUUGUUACUAUGGUUAUUAGGUGAUACAGUCAGAUUGAGAGGUGCUGAAAGAGAGCAGAUGCAUAUGUUAGUUAGUAGGCGUCCACACACUCUCUCUCUCUCUGUCUCUCUCUCUCUCUCUCUCUCUCUCUCUCUCUCUCUCACACACACACACACACAGCCAAUAAGAAACCAGGACAUCAGUGAUAAUGCACUCUGAUCCCAGAUCAUUUUGUUGACAGUGACUUUCGGAGUUGUAAAGACUACAGAAACUGAUCUGGGACCAGGCUAGUAGUACUGCACAGAAACAACACAUCUGGCUAUUCCACUCAUUGAAAUAGAAUUACAUUCUAUUCAUUCUUUUUUCAUGUUUUCACCAUCCUCUGACUGUUGCUGGAAAAUCCCUAUUUGGAAAGCUGUAUCCCAUGUAAAACAUUGAAUAAAGAAAAAUCCUAAUACUA